UCCAGAGAGCAGGAAGCAGUCCAUGUGCUGCAUUUGUGCUACUGAUGUUGUUUAGCGCAUAGCAGUCUUUACAGAAGAGAUGUGAAGUACUUCACCAUAUGUAAUCAUGAUAACACCGGCGUUUGAACUGAGUCAAGAUGCUGAUUUCCUUACUGUGGUUAUUCGUGUACCCUACACCAGAACAUCUGAGUUUGACAUCAACAUCCAGGGGGAAGAUUUUAAGUUCUAUGCCAAGCCCUACUUUCUCCGAUUGACUCUUCCUGGGAGAAUAAAUAACAGAAGCCUCUUCACACUGCAUGUCCCUAAAGAGACGGCCGGAGAGCACUUUGAGGGUUUGGAGAUGCUCACCAGUCUCUUGGCUCCUAAGGGAUCAAGGUCAGCCAAACAACUGGUAGAGGACACAGCAGAGGCCUGUGGUGGAGGAUGUGAGGAGGAAGAUGAAGAGGAGGAGUUUGAUUGGCAGAUAGAACAGGAGGUUUACACUGAAACCCCAGCAGAGAUGCUGAAAGAAUACCACAAGUAUGGCUUUGGAAACCUUAGGUCUGGAGUCUUCGCCAGACUGCAAGAGGAACUGAAUGAGGUGAUUGACUUGAAGGAUCCUGACAAUACUGCUCCUGAGCUCAGGAGACACAAUCGACUAGAAGCAGAGACCACAAUAUUCUGUGCCGACCAUUACAUGGUGAACUUGUAUGAGGACGAGGAGGAGAUCAGAAACCUGCUGAAGUUUAAACCGUGGUGGAGAGAACUGAGCCUGGACCCUUCAGCGCACUCCGACACCUCAAUAACUUUCACAGAAGAAGAAAAAGAGCAGAUGAGGAAAUUCACAAACUGUUCGUACUUGCUGGAUAAGAAAGCACGCGUCCACAUCUGUCUUGGUUUGGUGGACAUCAUUCUCGCGUAUGUCUAUGAUGUGCGCACUACAGAAGGAGAGCACAAUGUAGAGUCAGCCUGGACCAUCAGGAAGCUCAGCGGUACUCUCAGCUGGCUGGAGACAUAUCACUCGGUUCAAGACGUGCUGGUGUCUUUCGGCAGGAGGACUUUGUACUACCCACUCUAUCGGCACUUCUCCCUGAUUACAAGAGCUGUGAAAGACGUUGCUUGCAUUUUUCAGUCUGGGAAGGCCUGCGUUCUGAAAUGUCUGCUGGCCAUCCAUAAGAUCUUCCGGGAGAACGAUCCGGCCUAUAUCCUCAAUGACCUCUACAUCACAGACUACUGCAUCUGGAUCCAGAGGGUCAAGUAUGUUCAGUCCAGCACAAUGACACCUAAAUCAACCACCCUGAAAUUAACUGGGUCCAAAAUCUGAUUGUCUGCUAAUCAUACCGGUUUCAUUAAUCUGAGAGCUAAACCGUAGGUUUAUCAAAGCAGUAAGCCACAUGAGAUGGGUGUUACAGUGAUUAUACCCAUAUGUAGGGGGUCUUGUUAGGUACAUCUCACAAAAUCAUGUCCAGGUCACAUUUCACACCAUAUAUGAGAUAUGCUGCAGACAUGUUUUUGUCAGGUUUCUUGAGAUUGAACUUCUU